AUGGUGAAGGACGUGCGUCGUGUUGCAAAGACCAAUGCUAUGCGAGAAGUCAAGCCCAUUGAAGACUCCGAGUUGUCGUCAUUACUUAAGGAGAACGCGCUUCGGUCGACUGCUUUGAACUUGGACUUCCGACGAAAAGGUUUUCCGAUCCGUACGGGGUUAGCGGCCGCAAGUCUCUUUAUACUGGGCUCCGCCUUAAUCUACAUAAGCAUGCUCAUUGGUCUCGACGAAGAGAACCGCGGUCUGUCCUUCUUGAUCCUCGGCCUUAUGGCCUUUAUUCCGGGCAGCUAUGCAAGCUACCAGCUCUACGGUGCAUGGAAAGGUUGGAAAGGUUAUCACUAUGACCAAAUUCCAUCCUACGACGACUAA